AUGCUUUACGGUAGAAAAUGUCGAACCCCGGUAUGCUGGGAAGAAGUAGGUCCUCGAGAGCUUGCUCACAAAGAUGUGAUUAAGGCCACGAACGAGAAAAUAGACAUGAUCCGAGCUCAUUUAAAAGCGGCACAAGACCGACAAAAGUCUUAUGCGGAUAAAAGACGAAGGCCAAUCGAGUUUCAAAUUGGUGAUAGAGUAAUGCUUAAGGUGUCUCCGUGGAAGGGAAUUAUCCGGUUUAGAAAAAGAGGAAAGCUAAGCCCACGAUUUAUUGGACCUUUUAAAAUCAUUGAUCGGUUGGGUAAGGUAGCUUACCGACUAGAACUGCCGGAAGAGUUGAGCAGGAUACACAACACGUUCCACGUUUCACAUCUGCGGAAGUGUUUAGCGGACGAGACGGCUUACGUGCCCCUCGAUAAUAUAUUGGUUGAUAAUAAACUUAACUAUAUAGCAAAGCCCAUUGCAAUUCUUGACCGUAAAGUCAAAGGCUUGAGAAACAAGGAAAUUGACCAAGUAAAGGUCAAGUGGGAGCAUCGGAAAGGAUCAGACACCACAUGGGAGUCCGAAGAGGAGAUGAGGCGACUCUACCUGUAA